ACUCGUCAAGCGACAAUGGACGGUAAGCACAAGACACGCUCUCCAGACAGGGUGCGGUUGUGUUGAUUUGCUUGAUCUCUUUGUACCCCUUUACAGAGCUUCCAUCUCCUUGCUUCCACCGUACAAAAGCGCGGAGAGUCUUCCCUAUUUGUGUCCCCUUAGGGUAGUCGUCGUUCGUCUUUGCAAUGACAACAGCGUCAAACCGUGCGGAGCCUUUUUCUCUAGCACAACAUACCGCUAGACCUCGCGCCCUGCCCGACUUGCACUUGGACGUUGCUUCCGUGGAUUAUGGCGUUUCUUCUGAAGACGAGCCGUUAGAGCUCCAGGAUGGUGUCAUCGACAAUGCAGAGACAGCGUUGGGUAUCAGUAUUGGACGCGAACAGACGAGACUCACCUCGCCGAAGACUCCAGCUGUGGAGAAAGCAGCUGCAAUCGAGGAAUCCGGAGGCUUCUUCCCCGGUAGGGUAGGUGGUACCGUCGAGGAGGAGCGACAAGCCGAGGCAGGCGUCGAGGAGGAUGCACUAGGCAAGGUUGCAACCGAAGGUGGUCAUUGGAAGACAAACACACGCACGCAGACAGAUGAGCGGAAGAAGGAUGGAGAAGCUCGGCAUCCAUCGCCUUGGCGCGGCAGUGCUGCUCUCCACGGAAAGGACUCCUGGGUCGACAACUUGUUCAGUCGAAGACGACCACUCGCAAGAGGUCGACAGCGAUCGCUCACUGCAGGCUUUACAUCACUAUCUUCACGCUUCUUCCCAGGGUCACGCCACGAUGGAGAUGCAUCUUCAGAACUUACUGGUGACGAGAUUUAUGGGCGUACGGAUCCGCAGUUUGAAGAGUCGCCACGGCAUCAAGACGAGCUUGACGGUGUCGGUGACCUUCCUGCUAAACCGCGAGUCUUAGCCACGCGCUCUGGACACUCUCAGCUUCGGCGCUCUGCAUCCGAUGAGUCUCUUUUAACCAGCCGCACACUUUCGCGAGUCCCUUCCCUCGGCGACGACAGUCGGUUCGAGGAUGUCCAGGAACAGAUCAAUGGCAGGUUGAGGGCGAUCAAAGACACGUGGCGGGAGUCAAGUGUGAGGCUGCCAAGCUUCAGGCCGGACUUCUUGCGAGAAGGUACUGGUUCUUUACUUCAUACACACCGCUCGGAGAAGCCCAUGGAUCCUAUGACUGGCCAACCCUACCACGCUGCGAAGCAAGCCAUCGCAGACGCUGGCUCAGCGAAACCCAACUCUCACCCACACCUCAAACACGCAAUGGAGCAGCUCGAAGGCGACGUCGUGAUUCUUGGAGGGUAUCGGGGGUCCAUACUGCGUUCCGCGCAGCCUCCGCAUCGACAGUUAUGGAUACCGGUCAAGGCUGGACUUAACUUGCGCCGAGUCGAUCUGGAAGUGGGCCUGCGAGCCGAAGAUGACGGACUAGCAUCAAAGAAGGUUAUGCCAGACGGCAUGCUCUCGCAUAUCGGACCUGUAGACAUCUCGCGGAGACUGUUGAAGCAUCUGAGGGCAUGCGAAAACGCUCGAUCGGGCAAGUUGCGUGUCCAUGACUACGGCUAUGACUGGCGACUGGACCCGGCUUUACUGAGUGACAAGAUGAUUUCGUUCUUGGAGUCUCUGCCCUGUAAUGCGGCGGGGGUGGCACGGGAAAACCGAGGUGCCACCAUUGUUGCCCACUCGCUUGGUGGACUCAUAACCAGGCAUGCGGUCAAUCGGCGAGCGGAGCUCUUCAAAGGCGUGGUCUACGCAGGCGUGCCAAACCACUGCGUCAACAUACUUGGACCACUGCGCAAUGGCGAUGAGGUGUUACUGAGCAGCCGCAUUCUGACGGCGCAGGUGAACUUCACGAUACGGACAAGCUACGCUUUGCUACCGCUAGAUGGAAGGUGCUUCCUCGACAAGAAUACUAAGGAGGAGUAUCCGGUUGAUUUCUUCGACCCAAAGACGUGGUUGGAGUACCGCUUGUCGCCUUGUAUAGCCCGACCUCUUCCACCAUUGAUCGUUCAUGAAAAGCCUACUGGAUUGUCGAGCUACGUGAGCUCUGUCGCAAAUGCGUUGCCAAGCUUGCCGUUACCUGGCCGAAGGGGGAGUUUACUAAGAUCAAAGGCAUCAACUAACGACACGGUGGAGACAGCUGUCUCCGGCGCUAUAACCGAGCCAGAUAGUCUUGGCAGCGCUCAUUCAGGCAAAGCCGUGAGCUCUGGCAAUGUCGAUUGGUCAAGCACUGGUCGGGACGCAGACUCAGACGCAGAGACAAGCAUCCGUACAGCCGUCACCAUCCCUUUCGAAGACGCAAUGGCCUACCUUACUCGCACCCUCGCCGCUGUGAAGAAGUUCAGACAAGAGCAGGCUUUUGAACCAACACUUGCCGCAAGCAACAGAUAUCCUCCUAUCUCCGUACUGUAUGGCAAGACUACGCCUACGGUGUAUGGUGCCAAGGUGGAUGGCAGGGAAGGCAUCAAGCACGCCGAUGCCUACGAUCAACUGGCGUUUGCAAGUGGCGAUGGUGUCGUUCUUGCACGAGCGGCUAUGGUUCCCGAGGGCUAUACUACGGCUCAUGAUGGCAUAAUCAGCAGCGAGCGUGGACAUGUCACGCUACUGGGUGAUCUGGAGGGUGUUGGUAGGUGCCUGAACGCCGUCAUUGCUGCGAGAAGAAGAGGGGUCGGUUGUGGCAACGCUAAAAGCUGAGAACAAUACUGUCUAUAUUGAUUGUCCUAUGCAAGCUACGACAGCGUUCUACCACUGUAGCGGAUGGGAAUCACAGCGUAAAGCUUCCUUGCCACUGAAUAUCCAACACACUCUUCCCCACCAUAACCUGAUACGCUCCCCUCGGCUGCACCCACGCUUGACCAACCACAUCCCAACUACUCAUGUCCUUCUUCCUCAACUCGAACGUAACCCCUAAACUCUGACCAGGCGUCAAUCCCGUCUUCACGAACCCUCUCAACAUCCUCGUUCCGGCUCCGGGAAUCUGUAGGUAAAGCUGCGACACUUCCGCUGCGGCUACGCUUCCCGAGUUGCGUACGCGACCGGAGACGGUGGCAACAGUGUCGAAGAGGCCUGCUGUGCUGAUAGCUGAAGCGUUGGCGAUGCUGAUGCUGAAGGCGGAGUAGGUGAAGUUGCUGUAGGUUAGACCGUAGCCGAAGGCGAACCGCGGUGUGAUGUUGCGG